UAUUCAUUAUAUAUAUAUCUCUGAAGGUUUGCUUCUGAUUUAAAUUUCCAGGUGACUAGCAGAUAUGUAUUUUCGUUAUAAUAUUCAAAAUUUAAGUGUCCUACAGUGUUAAAAACUGGAAUACAUGUUUAGCACCACCUAACGUUUCAAGUGAAUUGACGGGGAAUUUUUUUACGAACAUUGAGCAUCUUACGCUCGACCGAUUCCGUACAACCCUCUGUUUAUUUUACAAGUCGGCUAGUCGCAUUUGCGAUACGAUUUUGCCGUGAGCGCAACAAAUUUUGAAAGAAUUUAAUUGUGAGUUCAGUAGCCAGCAAAAUGGGUAAAGGUGAAAGUAAAUUGCAACCAAAGGAAUUAGCGGAUCUGGCAAACAGCACGAAUUUUACAGAGAAAGAUAUUCACGAAUGGUACAAAGGUUUUAUGAAGGAUUGUCCGAAAGGGAAAAUGUCAAAAGUUCAGUUCAUCGGAAUGUAUCAAGAAUUUUUUCCUCACGGCGACGCGACUCGGUUUGCAGAGAAUAUAUUCCGAACUUUUGAUGAAAAUCAAGACGGUCGUAUUGACUUCCGAGAAUUCAUCACAGCCCUUUCAUUGACAUCUCAAGGCACCGUUGACGAAAAACUAGGAUGGGCUUUCAAUAUAUAUGACCUGGAUGGAAAUGGAUACAUAUCAAUGAGUGAAAUGAUGAAAAUCAUUGAUGCAAUAUAUAAUACAAGGCCACCAAAGGAAAGGCUAACUUCUGAAGACAUUCGAAAUCGCACGAAAUCAACAUUUGAGAAACUCGACUCCAACCAUGACGGCCGAAUUUCACGAAAAGAAUUCAUCAGUGGAGCCAAGUCUGAUUCCGCACUCGUGCAGAUUUUGAAUUAAUUAUGACGUAACAAUAAACUCAGAAACAGUUUGCGAACGUCGAUUAUGAUCUGAAGCAAAGAAUUAUAUUUUUUCAAUGACGUUUAUAUGCAAAACUGAGUUUUACAAAACUAUCAAUAAUAGUGAAAUGAGCUGUUAUUAUUCGAUAAUUUUAUCUUAUCUGUAUCAGCAUCUGUAUAGCUUUCUACCGUGUGGACUUUGAUAAAAGUAACAUACAUGCCCCUGGCAAUGCAAGAACUUGAACUACCUUUCAACAAAUAUUUUACCACAAAAAGUCUGUCUUGUUUUCGGUACUGAAUUACGCUACUUACUUGGUGGAAAUUGUUCAAAUGUACAACAUUUCCGCUCCUAUUCGAUUGGUUGCCUGACGAAAAAUAUCAAUGUCAUAAAAAUUUUGCAAUUGGGUGUAUUGAACCGUGACAGAUCACAUGACAAACAUACUCAAAAUGUAAAGUACUCAAAAUGUAAAGUACUCUUUUGAUAUCAUAUUACCGAGCCAUAUAUGCCUCCACUAAAAUGUCAUCAAUUGUUGAACGGGGGUAUUAUACAUGCUUAUUUUAGCCCCAUAUGAAGAUACUUUCAUGUUAAAUCGACCAGAUAGUAAAAACAAACCAGGCAUAUCACUACAAAAUUUGAUGACACUGUACAGAUAAUGAAACAAAUAAAAACAAUAAAAUUUUUAAGAAGUUGAUUAGUUAUCGGUGUGAUUUUUUAAACCAUUUUUUUCUGCGGCACGCACAAAACCCAAAAAUAAGAUUUUAUUUAUCUACGAGAGGUCAUGAAUUCUUUGAGCGUUUUCAAAAAGGUACCUUUGACAGAAAAUUACAUACUGACACUACAGCUGUGUAAAACAUCAAAUAAAAAAUUUAUGAAUUCGGUCGAGUAAUGCGAUUUUUAAUGCAAGACCAAUACAUUGAAUGUUAACAUUUGUGGUAAUAAAACAUUGCACGAUAUUUAUUUGUGUUACGUUUCAAAAAAGGAUUUUUUUUAUUUGCUUGUCUCGGAAUUACCAUAUCGCAUAGGUUAUGAAAAUAUACCUGACAAGAAUUCGUAUUUAUAAUAACAUACUUUUUAUACGUUUAAUUAGAAAAUAAUAUGCGUGUCAUACAUGGAUUAUUGACCUAGAAUGAAUUUAAUGAACUUUACGUUAUCAAAUUAGAUGAUGCCUGUUAUAAGCCAAUUUUUAUAUUAUAAAAAAGAAAAGCCAUUAAAUUAGUCUACUGUUGUUGUCUUCGAUUUUCUGGUUAAUUUAGCUCAAAUUUACUAUAGAAUUUGUUUUACUUUUUGAUUGCCAUAAAUAUUUUGUUAAGUAGUUCGUAACCUGUUUGAGUGGUUUAUAUCAAUGAAUUUUAUGAAUGAACAACAUUACUAAUAUGAUAUUGUGACGUAAUAAUUGAUUUGAAGUAAACGCAAAUUUGGAUCUUCAAUAUCGUCCAAACCUGGCUACCACGCCACAUAUUGCCUGAUAGUCACUUACUUGUUUCUGCUGCACUUUAACAUCAUUAUCUGUAUAUUUUAUUUGAAAUAAUUUCAUAAAUAUAAUUCUUAUAUUGAAA